AUGAAGUUCCUUGCAAUUGCUUCUCUCCUGGCCUCGGCCAGCGCCACCAUCGUCUAUCCCUACACCAGCGCCUCCUGCGGGGGUGAUUACGUCGGCAAGAUCACCUCCUGCGGCUGUACCAAUAUGAGCCGCAACUACAAGAUCAAAGGGGUCAAACUCGACUUCCAAAAGGCCACGGCCAGCUUCUACGAGGGCAGAGAUUGCAAAGGUGUGCGUAUCUCCAAGGCCUCGGACCAGAGUUGCGUCAAGCUUCCCGUCGAUUGGGAAUCCUUUGGUUCUGUGAGCAUUCACGGGGGGACUUGCUGA